AUGGCCAACAAAACGCCCUUCGCGAGGCUUCACAGCCAGACUAUUAGGUCAAAAAAUACCGCUGCUCCUAUGCAGCAGGGUGCUGUGUAUGAGCUACGUAAUCUUGAUGAUCUGCCGUCGUCGCAAGCUAUCUCGUUGAGUGAACUUUGCACGAAGUCAGGAACUCGAAAUAAAGGUAGUAAAUCUUGGAAGCCUUUGCAACUGGAGGAGACCGAGGACGAUAGUAGCAAAGAUAGCAAAAGUCCCGCGGCCUUCUUCGGAAUUGGUCAAAAUAAGCCUCGCUCUCGUUUGUCUGCCCUCCACCGCGCCAAUAGCGGGGAGUGCAAUCUGAAUAAACACACCGAAGAAGCUUUAAUACCAUCUCGUUUCCAAUCACAGGGGUACAGCUACACGCACGAAGAACAGUGUGAAGAAAAACCAAGGCAGAAGAAUGCGAACACAAUUCACUUUCAAGGGAACCCUCUCAGCUAUUCCCAAAGCUACAGCUUCCCCUAUUCUUAUUCACACCCCCAGCAGCGUAGCUGCAUAUCGGAGAGCCCCUUCCUCAGCAGUGACGGAUAUCACAACCCAGAGCACCUUCCCUGGCCGACGGACCUACCUUCGAUCUCCAACGAGUUAUCUUAUGUGGGUGCACCGCAGCCUAAUCUAUAUUACCAGAGCUUCAUGGCUGGAGGCAACAUGACGGCGGACUCUUCCUUUAAUAUCUACAGCGCCAGCUUCGACCAUCCUGAUAAUCAAUCUCCUUAUGAAUCGGUGCCUGCUCGUUAUGACCAAGCUGAUGCUCAUGAGGGCUUCUCAGCAGUACAUUCGUUUAUCCCUGACCUACAUGAUCAAUCGAGAAAUCUUUCCUCAAUUUCAGGGGAUCCCUCGCUAAAUGCACCUUCUGGGUGUGCUCUGAGAACUCACGCAAUGGAGUGCCAGUCAGAUACGUCGACUUUCUCCCGGGCUCAGCCCUUGAAUAAUACCAAUUCCCAGAACGUGCCUCGUAUUGAGCCCUCAGUAGCUGAAUGCUCUUAUAAUGAUGCUAGAAGUUGGGCUGAAGGAGAGAAGCACAAGGAACUCAAAGAUACUGUCGGACAGAAAGCUGAAGGUGAAUCAGCAGCCAAACAGGAAUUUGACACAGAUGAAUUCGCAGACACACGAAUGUUGCUCCAGAAUCGAUCCGUCGAAUCAAGCGCUGAAAAUGCCCUGGAUUCUGAGGGCAUGAGCCAUCAGAAACCAUCGCUGACCUUGGGCAAUACAUGGUGCGAUUUUACUGAAAGAUGGAAGGCGAACUCAGCAGUCAGUAUUCCAGGACACCUUAAUCUAGUGGUUAGCAAACGAAUAAGGCCUCCGCCUGGGCUCUCCGAGCCAGUGGCGCAUAGUUCAACAGCCUGGCCUUCAAUUUCCAGGAAUGAUCCCCUCUUGACUCAAACAAGACUUGACGAAGCGGACAAUUGGUUCCACAAAGAUAGCUGGUGCCAGGGGCAACUUCGAGAGCAAGUCAAAGACAUUGCCCAGAACUAUGCUGAAAGAAUUGAACGGGUCAGUGGUGCGUCACAUGUGAGUGUAGCGGCGAAACAAAUGAGUUUACUUAUAGGCAACAUCGUCGUUAAUCUACACUCUUACGUCGCUGAGAGCUCUUCAAGAGAUCCACUGGGUUUCACAGGCUUUGGAGGUGUGCAAAGUUGUUAUUGCGAACCAAGCCUUGGCGGACGUUGCAGUUACUUCGAUCGAGAUCCCUCGGUAGGACAUUGGAGGCUUCCUUUGGGUCGGGCUCUUUCGAUUAUGAGCAACAGAUCAGAGUCAAGCUUGUCUUCGACUUACGCCUAA